AUGGCUGAAAAAGAGGAGAGUGGCGAGCGAGAUUCCAAAGAGAGGGGAGAGAGGCAAAUGACAAGAGGUUAUCCUCAUAACAUUUAUUGUGAUGAAUACGUUGCAUUAGCUCCUCUUCUACGAUAUCACUUGAACAAUUUUGGUGAUCCUUUCACUGAAAACAACUAUGGAAUGCACUCAAGACACUUUGAAGUUGGAGUUUUGGAUUGGUUUUCCAAACUUUGGGAAAUCGAAAAGGAUCAAUAUUGGGGUUACGUUACACAUUGUGGCACGGAAGGAAACCUUCAUGGCAUUUUACUAGGGAGAGAGCAAUUUCCUGAUGGAAUUCUAUAUGCUUCUGGAGAAUCACAUUAUUCAGUUUUGAAAGCUGCAAGAAUGUAUAAAAUGGAAUGUGAAGUUAUUGGGACCUUGUUAACUGGGGAGAUGGAUUAUCAUGAUUUAAGAUCAAAGUUACUUCUCAACAAAAACAAACCUGCUAUUCUCCAUCUCAAUAUUGGAACCACGUUCAAAGGAGGAAUUGAUAACCUUGAUGUUGUUAUUGAGACACUUAAAGAGUGUGGUUAUUCUCAAGAUAAGUUCUACAUCCAUUGUGAUGCAGCAUUAUGUGGACUUAUACUACCUUUCCUAAAAAAUGCACCUAAAAUUACCUUCAAGAAGCCAAUUGGAAGUGUAAGUGUCUCCGGCCACAAAUUCUUGGGAUGUCCAAUGCCUUGUGGCAUACAAAUAGCAAGAAAAAAGCACGUUGACAUACUCUCAAGAAAUAUUGAGUAUAUUGCUUCAAUAGAUGCCACAAUUUCUGGUAGUCGAGGUGGUCAUGCACCAAUUUUCUUAUGGUAUAGUUUGAGCAAAAAAUGUCAUAUUACACUUCAAGACGAUGCUAAAAGGUGCAUAAAAAAUGCUCGUUAUUUGAAAGAUAGCCUUCGAAGUUCAGGAAUAAGUGCGAUGCUGAAUGAACAUAGUAUCACUGUUGUUUUCGAGAGACCAUUGGAACAAGAGUUUAUUCAUAAAUGGCAACUCUCAUGUGAAAGAGACAUGACACAUGUGGUUGUUAUGCCUGGUGUUACUACUCAAAUGCUUGACAAUUUUGUAAGUGAAUUUGCUAAGAAAAGGUUGAUUUGGUACCAAGAUGGAAAUAAGGUUCAACCACCUUGUCUUGCAAAUGACAUAGGCAUGCAUAAUUGUGUUUGUCCACAUCACAAAAAUUGA